AGGUAUUGCCAAUUACCUUGACGUAAUAAAAUGAAAUUAUGACAAGACCUUCAGUUAGAAAAUGCCAAAGUCAAACGUCUCCACAGAAUGAUUCCCAUCAGAUCCAUUGCAAAACAUUUAAUUAGAUCCAAAUUCAAGAUAGUACUCAACUCAUACCGAACCACGCACUCACACGGCACCAAACAAGCAUGCAACAAACCGUAUACAACCCUGAUGGAACCAGCCUGCAAAGUAGCAGUGAUAACCGGAGGCACAGAAGGCAUAGGCUUCGCUACCGCUCACCAACUGCUCUGCUGCAAAGCUAAACACGUAGCCUUGCUCGACCAAGACAUCCCAAAAGGUUUCGAGGCAGUGAACCAUCUGAACUGCUCCCACGGCAAAAACAAAGCCACUUUCAUCAAGUGUGACGUAAGCAACAAGGAAGCCGUCGACGACACCUUCUUGAAGCUGAAAAACGAGUUCGAGACGGUGGAUAUAAUAGUCAAUGCAGCAGGCUUGUGGGACGAGACCAAGUGGCAACAAGAGCUGCAGACUAACCUAGUAGGGACGAUCAACGUUAACCUUGCUGUUCAGCAGUGCUUCGAGAGUUCUAAUGCAGUGGUGAUAAAUCUAGCCGGUUUAUCAGGACUGCAGCCUAGCAGCUGUUCUCCGAUUAACUCAGCUGAGUACGCAGGCAUAGUGAGGCUGUCGCAGAGCCUGGGUCACCAGGCUAACUUCAAAAGGAAGGGGGUGCGUGUGGUGGCGCUAUGUGUUGGACUGACUUCCACGAACUUCAUCAAGGAUGUGCACUUGCGCAUGCUUACUGCUGAGAUGGGAAAGGAGCUUCAGGAAGAGAUGAAGACUGCGCUGUGUCAGAAGGCUGAGGCUGGUGCUAGGGCUGUUCUAGAGCUGGUGAGGCGUGCUAAGACGGGAAGUGUUUGGGUGGUUGAAGGGUCGAGGUUGCUGCAUGUGGAGAUGGCCGAUUGGAGGAAAAGUUUCACUUUGGAGUCACAGUUCACCUAGAUGUAAUUUUGUAUACAUUGAAGAUUUUUUAUUUGUAAAAUAUACACGUCAUCUUACUUUC